UCUCCAACAACGCUUAGAGUUGGUCGUGCCAAUCCUGCAAAGAAGUUAAUUUGGGGGAAAACGUGCGCGUUAUUCCGUUAACGCCAAAUCCUUGACUUUGACUUGGACAAGCAAACAGGGCAGCUGCAAUGUGGAUUCAAGUGCGCACAAUGGAUGGGAAGGAAACCCACCGGGUGGAUUCUCUGUCCAAACUCACUAAGGUUGAUGAUCUACGGCUCAAAAUAAGUGAGCUCUUCAAUGUGGAGCCAGACAGGCAGAGGCUCUUUUACCGUGGAAAACAGAUGGAGGAUGGCCAUACCAUCUUUGACUAUAAUGUUGGCCUAAAUGAUAUAGUGCAGCUGCUUGUUAGGCAGAAGAUGCCCCCUGCUGAUGUUGUGAAAAGCAAGGACAAAGAAGCAGAGCUGUCCGACUCCGAUUCCGGUUGUGGUUCAACUCAGAGCGAGUCUGACAAGUGCUCCACUCACGGCGAAGUGGAGGGCCAGACCGCUGGCACCUCCGCUCAGGCAAAUGACACCGUUGCCCAGAUGAACACUCCAGAGCUUAUUGAUCCUGGCUUUGGAUUUUUCAAGAUCAACGAGCUUGUCGACGCAAGAGACCUGAACAUGGGAGCGUGGUUCGAAGCCCAGAUAGUAAAUGUGACCAAGACUGCCAAGAUGCCAAAAGAAGAGGCUGCUGAAGCAGAGCCAGAUGAAGAUGAGAUACUUUACCAUGUUAAAUAUGAAGACUACCCAGAAAAUGGAGUAAUUCAGCUGCUGGCUAAGGAUGUUCGUCCUCGGGCCCGUACAGUUUACCAGUGCAUCAGCUGGAAGCAGAUGGUUGUCAUGGUGAACUACAACCCAGACGAUCCCAAAGAACGCGGCUACUGGUAUGACGCUGAGAUCCAGAGGAAGAGGGAGACGCGUACUCUGCGCGAGAUCUACGCCAAGAUUAUUCUUGGUGAUGCUGGUGACUCUCUUAAUGACUGUCGGAUCAUGUUUCUGACCGAAAUCUACAAAAUUGAAGAGCCAGGUUCACUGAGCGAUGGGCCAGCUGGAUCUGAGAGUCCAUUAAAAAGAUCGAAUGGACCUGAGUGCAAACAUUGCAAAGAUGAUCCCGACAAAAACUGUCGCUGGUGCAACUGCAAAGUUUGCGGCAUCAAGCAGGACCCGGAUAAGCAGCUGCUGUGUGACGAAUGUGACAUGGCCUACCACACGUACUGCCUGGAUCCUCCGCUCACCUCCAUCCCUGAAGAUGAGGACUGGUACUGCCGCUGUCGUAAUGACACCAGUGAGGUUGUACGAGCAGGAGAGAAGCUGAAGGAGAGCAAAAAGAAAGCUAAGAUGGCAUCAGCCAGCUCCUCCAGUCAGAGGGACUGGGGUAAAGGGAUGGCCUGCGUUGGUCGUACGAAGCAGUGCACGAUCGUCCCUUCCAACCACUACGGCCCGAUUCCUGGCAUCCCAGUUGGUUCCCUGUGGAAGUUCAGAGUGCAGGUUAGUGAAUCUGGUCACAGGCCUCAUGUGGCUGGCAUUCAUGGCAGGAGCAAUGAUGGUGCUUACUCGCUGGUCCUGGCUGGAGGUUAUGAGGAUGACGUGGACGAUGGUAAUGAGUUCACUUACACUGGUUCUGGAGGGCGAGAUCUGUCUGGAAACAAGAGGACGGCUGAGCAGUCAUGUGACCAGACACUCACCCACAUGAACCGGGCCCUGGCUCUGAACUGCAAUGUCCCCGUGAAUGACAAACACGGAGCCGGCCAAAACUGGAAGCAGGGCAAACCCGUUAGAGUUGUCCGCAACUGCAAAGGCCGCAAGCACAGUAAAUACUGCCCUGAGGAAGGAAACCGUUACGAUGGGAUCUACAAGGUAUGAAAGACCUAUUGGCCCGACAAGGGAAAGUCUGGCUUCCUGGUGUGGAGGUAUCUCCUGAAGCGUGACGAUGAGGAGCCAGCGCCAUGGACCAGAGAUGGCAAAGAGCGAAUAAAGAAGCUUGGGCUGACCAUUCAGUAUCCCGCUGGAUACCAGAAAGAAAGGAGAAACAAGAAUGAUGAAGAGGAAGAAGAGCACACUAGCAAGGCAAAGAGCAAGAGAAAAUCUCAGGCCAGUGAUUCCCCAAAAUCUUCUCCAAACAAAACUCCUAAGAAGAUCAAGGUGGAGGUGUACAAACUCUCUCCGGAGCAGAAAGCCCUGAUCAAGAAUGACACGGCAAACAAGAAGCUGUGGGACGAAGCCCGCGAGUCGCUCUCACUUGGACCGAAAUUCCUGAGCAAAGUUGAAGAGGUUUUCCUUUGCAUUUGCUGCCAAGAAGUGGUUUAUCAGCCCAUCACCACAGAGUGCCAACACAAUGUCUGCAGGGAGUGCCUUCAGCGGUCCUUCAAAGCGGAGGUGUACACCUGCCCUGCCUGUCGACACGACCUGGGAAAGAACUACUCCAUGUCUGUCAACAAAGCUCUCCAAGACAUUUUAAGCCAGUUUUUCCCAGGGUACAGCAAUGGGCGAUGAUCAUUGGUUCUGCCGACUUUGGCCCUUGAGCAAACAGGAAGUAAACUGUAAGGGGUGUUUUUCAAUCGAGGCAAUAAAGAAUCAGUUUGUCUUAAUAUAUUUUUGUGAUUAUAAAACUACAAUAUUUGUGGAUUUCAAUGCUGCCACCCUCACCUGGAAACUGUCGGGAGGGUUAGGUUCAAGAUUAAUUCAAAGUUUCUUAAUAACAUUUCCGGUACUCCAUUAUUACCCCGAGUCUUGAUUUUCCUCUCCUUGUUCUAGCUGUUCCAUUAACUAAUGCUAAUGCUAUCCUUAUUCUAAAAUCAGCCACUUUUAAACCCAUGUUCAGCUCUUAUUAACAAACUGUUAUGUCAAAUAUGGCUUAGCUGUUUUCCCCUGAACUUUUGGAGAUGUGUUUGUAUUAGAAUUUGGACCUCAAAUGCUUUGGCUUUGUUUCUUUUUGCGUUUUGGUGUAACUUUUAAAACAUUGCUUUUUUUAUCGAUCAUUUUUUCCUUGUCCCGGUGUGAUGAGACAGUCGAGGUUGCACUAAUGUGGCAAGUGAAGAAAGGUGUUUGGUGCUGGGAAGUCUCAAAAAAGUGUCUUGUUGGAGAUCAGUGUCAUCAGACUGUGGACUUUGUACCUUAAUUCACGAUUAUUAUUAUUUUUUAAUAUUUUAUACUUUUUAAUGUACAACAACUUUCUGAAAGUUGUUUUAAAAGUUGCCGUUCUUUACAACUACCGUUGGAAGCUGAGCAAGUGAACAGAUUUCAAGUGGAAUAUCAUUUUGUGGUAGUUUGGAUUCCCUUUCUUCUGAAAAGACCAAAGAAAGGUCAGUGUUUAACCAUCUUAAAAGUAUAAUGUAGUAAUGUCCAUCUAUCUAGUUUUCUAGAUGUCCCUCACAUUCAAACUUUGAGUCUAGAAAAUUGAUUUGUAUUUUUCUUUAAUCGUUAACUACUUACUGUAAACUUUUACUGUUGUAUUUUCUUUUAUAAUCACUGCCAUUUGUAUGGGAGGGGGGGUUUAAGUUGGUUGCAUGUCUCCAGUGGUUUGCUUUGUUAUACCUGAAGUCAAUUUCUUGCAUCAAACUUAAUGGCUACUUCUGAAAUCUGAUGUAAUUCAACCAGAUACAUGUAUUUGCUACUUCAGCCAUUGCCUUUAUGAUAAAUGAUUUUACUGUUCAAUUCUGAAAGAAAUAAACUUGAUGGAGAUGCAAAUAUUUGCGUAGAAUGGAAAUGUAUAUUUUCUGGAAUUGUAAAAUGCCUGGUCCAUAUUAGUUUUGAUAUGUAUUUCUAGAAUUGCUUGCACACAUUUAGUGCAAAAAAUGUGUUAAUACGUUUUCUGUCAUUCA